AUGUUCAGGAAUCAGUCAUCCGAUGACCCGACCAACCACCCUGCAGUACAUACAUGUAUUGCGAGACGCCUCAAACCCCGCAUCAAGAUGGAGAAGUCGGACUCGGAAGAUGAUUUGUGGGCGGACAGCGAUAACGAGGUCGACACUACACAAGUUCACAGCAAUGGUGUUGAGGAUGAUGUGUCAGGGCCUCGAGAUUCAAUACCAGACCCCUGGUGGGAGGCUACACACGACAAUGAACUGCAUGAUAUGCUUAACGAAAUCCUCACGUUGCCCAGAACCGAGAAACCGCAGGACGGAGACCUAGCAAAGUCAGAGAAAGACAAGAGACUGCAGCACCGAAGGGAUCUCUACAUGUCUAUGAUCAAACAGCGUCUCAGCAUCGAGGCUUCAAAUGGUGGCCAUGAGCCUUCAGAAAAGUCUUUCAUUCAUCAAGUCAUCAAGAGCGCCAGCAGUACAGACCUGCGUAUCACGGAGUUCCUUCUCACGCUUAUCUUGGAACAAGAUCCCAGCCAAUUUUGCAGAUCGGAAGACAACACCCCCUUGCUGCAUAGAGCCAUAGCCGCCGAAGGAGAGCGCGAUCAAUGUAAGGGUCUGACGAGUCUGAUAUGUAAACUGGUGCAAGACCCAAGUGAAGCGAUCGCAAAGACGAACGCUAAAGGCGAGAACUGCGUCCACCUCCUCAUAAGAAACAACAUACACGACGCCAAGAAGAUCAUUGGCUUUGUCAAAGCGGACUCAACACCGAAUGCUCUGGAACAAGGGCGCAAUUCAGAAGAUCCAGAUUCGGACGGGAACACACCAUUGCACGACUUACUGCAUUUCAAGAACUUUGCCAGGAGGACCAUUCCUUGUCUCGAACAUAAAGGCCCAUCUCCAGGGCCUACAACUGCUUCUCCACACAAUAAGUUGUGUCUCACAUGUCACAAGAACAAACAAGCCAACGAAAAGCUUCCAGAUUUUAGUUCCAUGGCAGCGCUCAUGGUGGCCUUGCUAAAAGGAGCUCCGGAGGUUUUGACACAGCACAACUCCACGGGACGGUCCCCUUACUCGUUCCAUUGGGCAACAAGGGAGGAAAUCACUGAGAGAAGGAAAGCUGAAAAGAAAGCAUCAACUGCUGAGAACGCCAACGGGAGAAUCAAUGAAAAGUCCAGCCCUGCGGAGGAGAAGACAACCACAGGAUACGCCACCAAGAGCCAAAGAUCGAAGGAUAGCAAAGGCCGCGAUGGCCAAGAGAAGGGAAGUGAUGCUCAAAAGGAACGCCCUGAGUCGACAACUGGAAGUCACAAGGAUGUUUGGGACUACGUUUGCAAAAAUUCAGACAAGGCGGUCACUUAUCUGGAGGACAGGUUAUACAAGCUGACGGCGGACUAUCCGUGCAUUACUCGGUUUUUCUUCCAAGACAUCAAGAAAGCUGGGAAUCGCAACAAACGCCAAGACCGAAAACACGGGACGUUCCGACUCAAAAAUCGCGUCACAGCUGAAACUACCAAGAACUUCAACUUUCUGGAUUUUGAAUCUCGGCUUGCCGUCGUUGAGCUUAGCCUCCAACCAGACAGCCCCGACGAUGCAUGCUUAUCUGAUCAAGAGCACGAUCAUGACGCGGCCAAUCUCGUCGAGGUUUUCCGCUGGUUGAAAGAAAAGAAGGAAGUCACAAAGAUCCUGAAGUUGGUGGUAAAAGACCACCCCCAGCGAUCAUGCAAUGAAGACACAGUCGAAAGUGCCUCGGACCUCCGUCUUCAUUCGAGCGGGAUGAACGCUGUGCUUCGGCAUUGGUCCGAUCAAAAUGGUCUCGUCAAAUUACGCGAGCUGAGAAGGGUCCAUGUAACGGUCAACAAGGGGCUCGAUAGCGACAAACGAACCAAAGCCAAUCUUGAGGAAUUUAAGAAGAAUCUCCUGGAGCAGUACCGGCUGCUCAACGAGGACCGGUGCAAGAAGCGAGAGACUCUAGAGUUAAAAAAACUGAUCCAGUCCACUCAGGAAGGACUUCGCACCACGCCCGGGUCAGAGGACAUACUCAAGAGGCUGUUGACUUCAGGCGUGUUGUCAUCAUGGCUUCAGGCUGACCGCAUCGAUCUUGACAAAAAGGCGGCAAAAAAAGAAGCAACGGAGGACACAGUAGCUCCGGAAGUCGAAACGGACAUAGUUGGACUGGGCGACUCGGGCAAUAGGUUCUCAGGGGAUCAUAAUGCUCACAGCUUCGCAGCCGAUUCACCAAAAGACCCUGGCUUUGAAGUCGCCACGUGGUUUGGCUUGAAACUCUUUAACGCGGCCGAUGGCAAACGGAAUCCUCCUUUCAUCAAGGUGGCUCUGUUGGAUGACGGCGUGGACCCUGCGUAUAAGAAUAUAGGCACCUAUCUUGCACGUAACGGGUUCCCCCCUAACUCGCCCGAAGAUGAGCGGGAACCGUUUUAUACAUCAACGGGUGGGCACGGCAGUAAGAUGGCGUGGAUCAUAUCCAGCAUUUGCCCCUUCGUGGAAAUCCAUGUUGCCAAGAUCGACAGCCAGAAGAAUUCCGCUCUCAGACUCACGGAAUUUGCAUUCAGUCCAGAGCAAUCGGCAGCUGCAGUCGAAUGGGCGAUCGAUGGCGAAGUCGACAUCAUUUCCAUGAGUGGGAGUUUCAAGGUCGCCACUGAUAAGGUGAAUGAUGCCGCCCAGAAGCUCAACAAAUUGUUGGGUGAUGCCAACUGCAAGUCGAUCAUGUAUUGUGCUGCCAGGGACACUAGGUUCAACGACCCGGACGACAUCCGUUACUAUCCAGCUGAGUGCGCGCAGUCUCGCAGGAUUGGUGCCGCUACUUUCCUCUGUCAUGCGCAGAAGUACGUCACGAAAGAAAAGACGGAUUAUGUCUUCCCCAGCGAGUACGUACUCGAGCAUAUCAAAGACGGGGGUAACUCAGUCGCCACAGCCGUGGCUGCUGGUGUAGCUGCACUCGUACUUUACUGCUUCAAGAAGGAUGGCAUCCGCCUCGACCGGCUCAAGCCCAAAUUGACUGCUUCACAGCUCAUGCACGAGUUGUUCAAGAAGCUGAAAGAUGACGAGUCGGGUUAUGUCAAUCUGGCAAAACUCUUCGAGGUUGAUGGACGCACGAACGUCAGCUCGACGAACAUAAGUAGCAAACAGGCGGAAAGGGCAGGAGCUGCCCACCGGCCCAUGACUGCGAAGGCCCCAACGCAAGCAUGCGAAGAAAAGGCCGUUUAUCAGCCACUGGCCACCAUUGCCUACAUGCGCAGGCCUCAACCAAGAGAGGACGCGCGGAAGACAAACAGUUGCGACGACGAUGACAAGACUAACGAGGGGAAUCAAACCACAAAGGGGGCCUGCCAAUAAGAACAUGCAGGGAAAGAAAGAUGGCGACAAACAAAGCAAGGAAGAGAUAUGGGGAAAAUGUGACGAGGAACAAAAUAUGGGGAUAUCAUCAUCGACAUCACGUAAGAAGGCCGAUGCUCGGGGUAAUCGUCGAGGAUUAGUAAG